AUGCAGAGCCUCCUCCUGCCCACCGCUGCCGCGGCCCCGGUGGCGGCUCCGCGGGGCCGGCGGAGUCUCCCGGGGCGCCUCUCCGUCCGCGCCUCCGCGACGGCGGCAGCGGCACCGCGGCGGGAGACGGAUCCCAAGAAGCGGGUGGUGAUCACGGGGAUGGGGCUGGUCUCCGUGUUCGGGAACGACGUAGACGCUUACUACGACCGCCUGCUAGCCGGGGAGAGCGGCAUCGGGCCCAUCGACCGCUUCGACGCCUCCAAGUUCCCCACCCGCUUCGCCGGCCAGAUCCGGGGCUUCUCCUCCGAGGGCUACAUCGACGGAAAGAACGACCGCCGCCUCGACGACUGCCUCCGGUACUGCAUCGUCAGUGGCAAGAAGGCUCUCGAGGCCGCCGGGAUUGCCCACGGCUCCAAGCCCAUGGAAAAGAUUGACAAGACCCGGGCUGGUGUGCUUGUGGGCACUGGUAUGGGUGGCCUCACGGUGUUUUCUGAUGGUGUUCAGAAUCUCAUUGAGAAGGGAUACAGAAAAAUAACUCCUUUCUUCAUCCCAUAUGCUAUAACAAACAUGGGUUCUGCCCUGCUUGGAAUGGACAUUGGUUUCAUGGGUCCAAACUACUCCAUCUCAACUGCCUGUGCUACCUCGAACUACUGUUUCUAUGCUGCAGCAAACCAUAUCCGUAGAGGCGAAGCUGAUAUAAUGAUAGCUGGUGGCACUGAAGCUGCAAUUAUUCCAAUUGGUGUUGGUGGCUUUGUUGCCUGUAGAGCACUGUCACAGAGGAAUGAUGACCCCAAAACAGCAUCCAGGCCUUGGGACAAGGAUCGUGAUGGUUUUGUCAUGGGUGAAGGAGCUGGAGUCCUGGUCAUGGAGAGCCUAGAGCACGCAAUGAAACGUGAUGCACCAAUAAUUGCGGAGUAUUUAGGAGGUGCUGUGAACUGUGAUGCUUACCAUAUGACUGACCCAAGAUCUGAUGGUCUUGGUGUUUCAUCUUGCAUCAAGCAAAGUCUCGAAGAUGCUGGUGUGGCACCUGAGGAGGUCAACUAUAUUAAUGCUCAUGCAACAUCAACCCUUGCUGGUGAUCUGGCAGAGGUGAAUGCCAUCAAGCAAGUCUUCAAGGACCCAUCUGGGAUCAAAAUAAAUGCAACCAAGUCCAUGAUAGGACAUUGCCUUGGUGCAUCAGGCGGUUUGGAAGCCAUUGCUACUGUUAAAGCGAUAACUACUGGAUGGGUGCAUCCAAGCAUAAACCAAUUUAACCCAGAGGAAGCAGUUGAAUUUGACACUGUACCUAAUGUAAAAAAGCAGCAUGAAGUGAACGUUGGUAUCUCCAAUUCGUUUGGAUUUGGAGGUCACAAUUCUGUCGUAGUAUUUGCUCCAUUUAAGCCAUAA